ACCCGUUUAGCCAAGACACAAAAAUUGACGUCAUUGUGUAAAACUGAAACGAAUUAGAUUUGAAGAGAAACGUCAAAAAAGCGUUGUAAUUUUAGUUUUGUUAAAGAUUUGUAAAAAAUUAUUGCUAUGCAAAUAAAUGAAAGAAGCUCUUUAAUAAUAAUAUAACUAAUACUUUAUAAAAGUAUGAAAUGUAACGAAAAUGCAUAAACAACAUAAAACUAAUAAAAGAAGAUAAGUUUGUUUGAAAGUGUGAAGGAUGCCAAACUAGGUACUGCAAUUCUAAUUACUGCUAAAAAUUGCUUCGUGAUACUUAACAAUAGUAGCCAAUAUAGUCAAGGAGUGUAUACCUAGCUUCUUAUUUUACACAUUAUUUGCGGCUAUUUGCAACCGGUGUAGACUAGAAGAGAGUGAUUAAUUUGCUGUAUUUAGAUAUCGACAUACUCAAACCUCAAAAUGGUUGAUCCAUUUCUUGCGACGAAUUACAAUGUUUUAGAGGUAAUCUUCUCUUAUUUGGAUUUACGUGAUUUGAGAAAUUGCGCAUUGGUUUGCUGGAAUUGGUACCAUUUUCUGAAUGAUGAAAGCUCAGAAGUAUGGCGAAUGCAUUGUUUGAGAAAGUUACCACAAGAAGCUCUAAAAUCAGAUUUAUUGUCUUCAGUUACUACAUAUAAAAAAAGAUUACGCGCUUAUUAUCAUGCCUGGAACCCAAAUGAUUGUUCACGUAAUGUUUAUAUAAAGCCAAAUGGUUUUACCUUGCAUCGCAAUCCUGUUGCACAAAGCACAGACGCAGCACGUGGAAAAAUUGGUUUCCGGCAAGGACGUCACUCAUGGGAGGUCAUAUGGGAGGGGCCACUUGGCACGGUUGCCGUAAUUGGUAUAUCCACAAAAGAAGCAGCUUUACAAUGUCACGGUUAUGUGGCCUUAUUAGGUUCAGACGAUCAGAGUUGGGGAUGGAAUUUGGUGGAAAAUAUGUUGCUGCACAAUGGUGAUGCGCAAGGAAAUUACCCCUUGUUAAAUAAUCCACCAAAGUAUCAGGUCGGCGAACGGAUACGCGUCAUACUCGAUUGUGACGAUAAUACGUUAUCUUUCGAAAAGAACAGUGAAUUUUUAGGUGUAGCGUUUAAGGGUUUGCCAGAUAAGAAGCUGUAUCCAACGGUGUCCGCGGUAUAUGGUAAUACGGAAGUCUCAAUGGUGUAUUUAGGACCGCCGUUAGAUGGUUGAAAUUUUUAUUUGCAUUUUUUCUACAGACAGUAUGGUAAAUAAUUAGACAUACAUAAACACUAUAUAUAUAAAAGAAACACGUUUUCACACAAGAGGCAAUGAUUUUAAAAUCAUAACUUUUAAAACUAUUUUUUCUAACUUUACAAAUCAAAAAGUUUCGUCAGCACCUAAACGCCUAAACACUGAAAAAUUAAAUUUAGCUUCAAAUUAUGACCAAACAACUUUCUCGAGCAGAUGAUAGCUUUCCAAAAAUGUAAAAUUUAAGUUAAUACACAAAAAUUAAAAUUGUAAGUUUACUCUUAAUAACACUAGAACUUCAAAUGCACCAGGCAGUAAAACGUAGAAAACGUAUAGGAGGUUUAAUUACUCUGUAUUUUAGGUAAUGUGGGAAUCAAAUCUAAACAUCGUUAACAAACUGCUUGUUGAAAGUAAAUUUGAACUGUGGUAACCCGAGUGCAAUAUUUGUACCGUGAGAUUCUUUAAGUUAUUAUAUUCAUACUUUGGGGUAUAGUGCACGAUUAUUUUAAUACGGAGCAAAUUUUUGUUUUUGUGUAAUUCUAACUAUUCUUGUUAAGAAAAUUACACUCACGUAAAACGCAAUGAAAACACUCUUUGUAAGCUAUAUGUCACCGAAUUCCUUAUUCUCAGCGUAAUUAUUAAAACAUUUCUUCAAAGUGAUUCUGUUAGUUAAUUUCGUAAGGUCCACUGCUAGUCCAGCUUUUCUGUUUAGCUAUUAGUUUAAAAAUGUAAAUAUAACUUUAAUUUAUUUUAAGUUUACUUUAAGAUUAAAUGCAUAUUUUACAAAUAUUGUAAGUAGUGAAUCUAUUCGGUCCUUUCAUGUUAUUUUACUCAAAAAUAAUCAUAAGUUAAAUGAAAGUGUAUAUGUAAAUAUAAGAAAAUAUAAAACCAUA